AUGUACUUACUAGCAGUCCAUCUGGUUGCCGUGCUGCUGCUGGCAGUACGGCGAUCUCUAGCUGAGGAAUGUGCGAUCUCACAAACGACUCGUAGCUAUCUGAACGAGACGUUUUUCACCAGCCAGGUUUUAUUAUCGGGUACGGUAGAGAAGAUCACUUUAAUCUCGGAGAAGGAGGACGUGGUGCAGCAUUUACAAGUACGAAUCAGAAGGGUAUUCAAAGGAAAAGAGCACCUCAAGUCCAGUUCUUCGGUGGAUGUGAUUGUGCCGUCAAGUUUCAAGUUUUGCAUCUCAGUACUGCUCGUACAUGACACUCGAGUCUUUCCACUGACCAGCGAUGGCAAGGUUCCUUACACUUUCUGCACCUGUGCUACCCAUCAACCUCAAUGUAUUGGACUCACUUCACUCAUUCAUUUUAAUGGGAAAUGCGAAUGUCGGUCGUACUGUCGGCAGACUGGGCCGGCCGUCUGUGGUUCGGAUCGAGUCUCGUACGCUUCCGCUUGUCAUCUCUUCGUCAGAGCAUGUCUGCUGGCCAAAAAAGGCAUUUCACUUCGUAUGGUCGGCCGCGAAGCUUGC